CACACAAUAUAAAAAUACUAAGAUCUCUCUCACAUAUUACAUUGGUACCAGCCACGAUAGGGCACUGUUAUAACAAGCUCGUAUUGCUACAGAAAAUAUUAAAAAAAAAAAAACCAAACCUUCCACCAUGAACAUCAGUCCCGAUGCUUUGAAAAAAAUUGAAGACAUGCCUUGGAAUCCAACCAAAGGCCAUGCACAAUCCAAGUUUCGUGAAUACAGCUAUACCAACAAUGCUGGCCACAAAGCUUACUUCCAAUACUACAUGGAUAAUGGCGAGAAUCUACACGAUAUGAUUGAACAUGCAUUCAACUAUCCCUCUGCCAUGGAAGGUGCUGACCUAAACGACAUUGCCAAAGCUCAGCUUUUCAAGAUGACCUUGAAACCUGCUGCAAGGAAACGCUUCCACAAUGUCCUCACUCAGCAACAAGCUGACAACGUCAAUGAGCUUGAUGAAAUUCUCCGAGCCUACAUUGAAAAUCGUAUGUCUGAAUUGGGACAACGUGCAGCCUACAAUCAAAUUGAAGGCUUGAAGGCUUCCAAGAAACCAACAUCCAUUCCUGCAUAUGCAUGGGAAACUCUGUUUGAAAUGGCCAAUGACAUUGUCAAUUGGGUUUCUGGACCAGAAGCAAAGCUUACUGAUGAAACAUUGCGUCGUGUCUUUGCCGACUCGUUUCCUACCACUUGGAUCACUCAGUUUGAAACCGUGAAAACUGAUGAUAUGGCCAAUACCACCAUGGGUGCUAUUACGGCUUUCAUGACCAAGAAAGAGAAGGACGCAGCUACGUCUCGUCGCAACAAUGAAGCCAAGCAAAAGGCUGCAGGCAAAGCUUCCAAAGCCGUCAAGGCUGACGGUCAACAAGCUAAGCCCAAGUAUAAGAGAUCCAAUGGCCGCAAUGGCAAUAAUGGAUCGUCCAAGGACACUGGCAAAUGCAAUCGCCAUCCUGAUGGCAGGCAUUUGUGGAUUGACUGCUUUGAAAAUCCCAAGAAUGCUGGGAAAUCUAAAAAGGAGAUUAUCGAAGCAGCCAAGAAACGCCGUCAGUCCCAAAAGGACAACAAUGACGGUGAUGAUAAUCAUAUGAUUGUCGAUGAGGGAGAAGCCAUGGCCAUUGAUGAUGGCCGCCAUUCUCCAGCUGCCUUUGAUCCCAUCUUCAGCACCAUUGCUGACGAAACCGAACGCGACGCUUUCCUUGAAAUCUUCUCGAAAGCGCCUGCGGCAAUCCAACUCCUCCAUGGAAAAGGAUACAUCGGUAACAAGGCCAUGCCUUGAGGAGGAAGAGGCAGCAGUGUCUGCAGCAGUGAAAGUCCUUAGUGGCUCACUGUUCAAUGAACACAUGAGUGUUGAAGAAAACAAUAGUAGUAGUGGUAAUACACCAAAUAAUGAAAUAUUAGGCAAGC